AGUCCUGUUUUACUAUUUUAAUUCCUUUUAUUUCGUUAAAGAUUACUCCAUUAUAUUUGUUUCAAUUAGAUCAUUUCAUGAAUAGAUUUCUUGAGGGACUUUAAUGUAGCAAUAUUUAUGUUGUCUGUAAACUACCAUUUUGUGUCAUUAUAGGUAUUAAAUUCUUUGUCAGUAAUGUUAUUUAGGGUUGUCAUUUGUUGAUAGCAGUCUGCUUUUUAAAAUUUUAAACUACUAUCUUGGUGGAAAAGCAGCCCUCUCUUGAACUGUUGGCAUUUGCAACCUUGGAUAUUUUUAGAUACGGAUUUUCAAAAAAGCUGGAAAUAUUAUAAAUAUCUCUAUAUGAAAUAUGCAUCGUUGAAUAGUACUAAUAAUUUCUCAUUGACUUUAUGAUUUCAUAGAUGCUUUAUCUUUAUUUCUGACAAUUACUUGACAGUUCUUUAAAUUUUUAGCUUUCUCUGUUUGUAAGCUGUUCGUCAUGUAUCAAAUAACGAACUUAUAAUGAAUGCUUUAAUAAUGUAAAUCAUUUCCUAAUUUAUUUUUAUAUGGAUUUUAUAAAUAUAGUCACCUUUCUAACAAAUUCUUUUGUCUUACCAUCAAAGAGAAUGAAAAUAAUAAUAUGCUUUCUAUUCCUCAGAAGACUUUAUGAAAAUUACAUAAUAGUAAACCUGAAAGUGUUUUAGCACUUCUAAAAUUUUAUGAAAGGUCAAAGUGAAAUUUUAAAUUUUAAAUUACUGAAUCACUAAAGUGUGGAUAACCCCCUCCCUCAUGCUUUUGUUUUCUAGUAAGUGCACAGGUUACCAUGCCAGGCAUGAUUUAUCUAAUACUGCAGUAGAAGAGGCAGAAACUACUUUUGAUGGUUACUUUGGCCUACUUUGACCUCUCCCAGAGUCUCCAACCUAGUGAAGACUAGUAAGGUAAAUUUGCUCUUUAGGGACUUCCCUGGCAGUCCAGUGGUUAAGACUCUGUGCUUCCACUGUAGGGGGCGCGAGUUCAAUCCCUGGUCAAGGAAUUAAGCUCCCACGUGCCGUGCAGUGAAGCCAAAAAAAAAUUUUUUUUUUGCAAUGUAUUUACUAAAACUUGUGAUUAAAUUAAAAUUUUUUCAAAGACCCAAAUAAAUUAGUUUGAUAGAUUCGUUUUCCAUUACAUAAGUUGUUUAGGUUUUGAAAAAGUUUUACCCUCUGCAUCCCCACUGUUGUCUGUUAGUAUACAUUUGAUUCUUAUAGUAACUAGCUUUGACAUGUAGUUUGAAAUUCCAGGCUCUUUGCAACUAAAGUUUUCGUACUGAGGAAAGCAAAAUAAGAACCGGCAUUUCUUGAAAAUAAUUGGCUGUAAAUAAAUCUACUGUUAUCUAAGAGAAGGAAAUCCUUCAGUUAACCAUGGACCAAUAAAAAAAAAAGAAUUCAGGUUUCUUGCUGAAGCUACAAAAGUCUUCAUAAGGAGGUAAAUGCUACAUAUCUAAUUUAGAGGCCAUUUUGCUUUCUUUGUCAUACUACAGAAACACUUAAUAUUGUAAUCAUCCUCAAGAAAUUAUGAAGAGGUGACAGAAGACUAGAGAUGAACAAAUGUCCUGAUUUUAAAAAUGAGAAGCCAGUAGAUUUUAUAAAUGUGGAUUCCCAUCUAGUUCUCAAUUUAUAUAAAGCCUCUUCAAGUUGGCCCUUUCUGACCACCCAAUUCAAAGUAACCGUUGUAAUUCCCUAAUCAGCCUGGUUUAUCUUUUUCAUGAUUCUUACCAGCACUCAUUUUCUUAUUUUUUACUGUCCGUCUCUCUCACUAGACUCAGCUCCAUAAGAGAAAAUGUUGUCUAUCCUUUUCAACCAGUGUCUCUCCAGUACUUGAAGAAUGGUAUAUGGUGACUUUUCAGAUCACCUCUCCGUGUACUAGCGAGAGGCAUUACGAGCACCUUGGACGAUGCUGUAACAAAUGUGAACCAGGAAAGUACUUGUCUUCCAAAUGCACUGCUACCUCUGAAAGCGUCUGUCUGCCCUGUGGCCCGGAUGAAUACCUGGACACCUGGAAUGAAGAAGAUAAAUGCUUGCUGCAUAAAGUUUGUGAUACAGGCAAGGCCCUGGUGGCCGUGGAGCCCGGCAACCGGACGGCUCCGCGGCGCUGCGCCUGCACCGCCGGGUACCACUGGAGCGAGGACUGCCGCUGCUGCCGCCGCAACGCCGAGUGCGCGCCCGGCUUCGGCGCCCGGCUCCCGGUGCAGCUCAACAAGGACACGGUGUGCGAGCCCUGCCUCGCAGGCUACUUCUCCGACGCCUCUUCCUCCACAGAAAAGUGCAAACCCUGGACCAACUGUACCAUUCUUGGAGAGACAGAAGCACUUCACGGGACCGAUAAAUCAGAUGUGGUUUGUAGUUCUCUUCCACCUACAAAACCACCAAAUGAACCCCAGAUUUACUUGCCCAGUUUAAUUAUUCUGCUUCUCUUCAUAUCUGUGGCAUUAGUUGCUGCUGUCAUCUUUGGUGUUUACUAUAGGAAAAAAGGGAAAGCACUAACAGCUAAUUUGUGGCACUGGGUCAAUGAAGCUUGCGGCCGCCUAAGUGGAAAUAAGGAGUCCUCAGGCAGCAAUCUUAGCUGCACUCGUGUGGAAGCCCCUAGUCAGCGUGAAAUCUGUGAGGGUGUCUUACUGCUGACUCUGGAACAGAAGAUGUUUUCUGAAGAUAUGUGCUGUCCUGACAGUGGAGGUGCGUGUGCAGGUGGCAGUCCCUGUGUGCCGGGAGAAGAUGCCGGGAUGCUCACCCUGGUCAGCGAGAUUGAGGGGGACCCCUUCAGGCAGAUUCCCACGGAAGACGAAUACGUGGACAGGCCCCCCCGGACCCCAGACUCUAUAUUAUUCUUCACUCAGCCUGUAAGCACAUCCACACCGCCUUUCCCUGAACCCCUGGAGGUGGGAGAGAAUGACAGUCUAAGCCAGUGCUUCACUGGGACAGAGAGCUUGGUGGAUUCCGAAAGCUGCCACUUCGCUGAGCCUCUGUGCAGGACUGACUGGAUUCCUAUUUCCUCCGAAAAGUACUUGCAAAGAGAAGUGGAGGGUGGCAAUUGGCCCCACUGGGCAGCCAGCUCCAACUCUGCAGAUGGCUGUGCCGGCUGCAGGAGCCCUGCUGGGGAGGACCGGGAACCCCUGAUGGGUUGCCCCCAAAGUGGACCCUUGCCCCAGAGCGCCUAUGGCAUGGGCCUUCCUCCCGAAGCAGCUGGUGGGGCAGAGGCGGGAGGCCAGCCCAUGGAUGGGGCUGAUGCACGGCUUCCCAGCUCCACGAGGGGAGGUCCUGGCUCUGGAGGCCCUUCCAGUGAGCAGCCACCUGCAUCAGGAAAUGUGACUGGAAACAGUAACUCCACGUUUAUUUCCAGCGGGCAGGUGAUGAAUUUCAAGGGCGACAUCAUCGUGGUCUACGUCAGUCAGAACUCGCAGGAGGGUCCGGCGGGGCCGGGCGGCUGCGCGGGGGAGCCGGUGGGCCGCCCGGUGCAGGAGGAGAGCCCGCCGUGCUGCGACUCGUUCGCCGGCCUCGGGCCGCGCUUCCCGGACACGUGCGCCGGCCUCGAGGUGGGCCCGGGGCUGCAGGAGCGAGGCGCCCCCGGGCCCGACAAGGCCUCGCGGCCGGUGCAGGAGCAGGGGGAGGCCGAGGCCGGCGCGCAAGAGACGCGGCGCUGAGCAGCCGAGAACCCGCUGCGGUUGCAGCCAGGCGGGCGCGGAGCUGCAGGCCUUCCAGCCCGCCCUCCGCGCCGCGCACAUCGGAAGCCGCGUCCCCAGCUGACGACGCCGCCGCGCACCCGCGCCUGGGCGGGGCUGAGGGCGGGGCCUGGGAUGGGGCGGGGCCGUGGCCCCAGAGGUGUGCCGUUGAGCCCCUCCGUUCGGUACGCCUGCGUCAAAUGAACGGACGUUCUUUAUCCAUCUUGUUCUAAAUAGAAUCGGGGACUUUAAAAACAAACAAGCAAACAAAAGUACAUUUGUUAUUACUACUCACUUCCAUCCACGGUCACGUGUCUACUAAUUGCACAGGUACACGUUGCUCUCUUCUGUUACUCCACUUUUUACCUCCUAUAGUUUUUCUUCUUCCACUUCCACCUCCCAUUAUUAGUUCGUCAGUAGUUUGUCUCUUUACGACAUGUGUUUUUAUGGCCGUCCUGUUCUAUUUGGAUCUGUAUCCCUUCCCCCACCCCGUCCUCCAUGUUUGAUAUUUGUAUUUCACUGUCUCUCAUAACGUUUCUCUUGAUACUGUCCGCCCUUUUUUCUUUUUACUAUUUAACGAUUUUCUUGAAAAGUCUCCUAAGGGUGAUGGUCUUCUUUAUAUGUUUUCUUUUGGUCCCUUCUCACAAGUAGAUGACUGUGUUUUGGUGAUGGCGGGGGCGGGGAGAGGUGAGGAGUCUGUACUAAGCACUUUGGGAAGAAGGCUAGAAAUGUGAAGCCUGCGGGGAGGCUCAGAGAACAAGAGGAGGGACUUGUAGCUUUCGAAAACUUUUCUGAGUUCUCAGUUUUCUAAAGGAAGGAAAAGGGGAAAUCCCAUUUUCACCCUGAAUGUUUUUUAAGUUUGUGUUAAUUUCUAGGCAGCACUAAGUUGCAAUUCGUGUCUGCCUCCUUUACUGCAUCUCAAAAUGGUUCAUUUCCCCCGGGUGAAUGUAGUACCCUUCCCAGCAGAGGCAAUCAGGUACUUGGGAAACUAAAUCUCAAAAAUCCAAGUUGCUGCACUUGGCAUUCUUAUUCUUGAUGUGUCCCUGGAAAAGGUGUGGAAAAUGAGUAGGACAUGGGAUGGCCUGCACACACGGUGAAAGGAAGGUGCCAGGAAAGUUCAAGAAAGGAAGAAUAAAGUUGUGCAUUUGUUUUCUUUCUAAACAAGAAUAGCAUAAAUGUGUUUAGGCAGUAGGCACCAUUUUCUUCCUAAAAAAUCGUGUAUCUGUAAUUUAGCCUUGUAAAAGUGGAAAACAUUCUUAUUAUUUUCCAUGCGUUUACAUUAAAAACCCAAAUCCUUAUAUUGUGAACUUAAGAAAACUUAUCAUAGAGGUGCUUUUCUCUUAGCAUCAGUGCUCUUGUGAGGAAACAUACAAUGUGAGUCAGAGUGAAAGGAAUUACCUAGGAUGUUUCAUCUGUUGUGGCCAGUGAGCAUUCGUUCUCCUCAAAUACUAAAGUUAAAAUAUCUAAGCACAUUAAAAUUAAUUUUGCAGAUCUGGUUGGUUUUAAGAGUGGUGAUAGCAGUCACUGUCCAGACUUUAAUGGCCACAAAUGCCCAGCUGAAGGGAAUGAUCGUUGAUCACUGGUUUCUCCCUGUCGGUUGCAGGUGUCUUGGAAAUGCUAGAAUAGUAGCCAUCAAUUAUGACUUUUAAUGGAGAAGCAGAGGUGGUUCUAUAAUUUAUGGGGCUUCUUAGCUGACAUGAAAAACUGCAGGAAAUAACUGUGUUGCCAGGAUGAUCCGUUGGUGGGAAUUUACUGUCUGUGCUGCCCUUUUAGUUCACAUCCAUCCAAAGAGAGAUGUUAUAAAAAUGGAAGAAGCCAUUAAACCUUUUGACAUAUUAAACAAAGUAUAGUUCACAAAGGAGAAGGCUGAGCUAAAGACCCAAGUUUCUACUGUGACUGUCAUCAUCUCACUAAUACUUUCCUUUUCUUUCCUAUAAAAAGGCACUAAUUUUUGACAUUUUCCCAAACUAGAGAUAACAUAAGGAUGCUACAGUGAAUGUUAAAGUAUUUUGAGAUCCUUAAAUAGAAGGUGCUAAAUAAAUACAUAAGAAUCUACUUUCAGAAAAAGGUAGUAUUCUUUCCCAUGCUGAUCCCUACUAAUUCUAUAUUGAUCCAAAGACAAUUAAAUGAUAGGAAGUAUAUAGCAAAUAUAGGUCUGUGUCUGUGUAUUAUAGAGAUGUAUAUGACAAAUGUAAACAGAAUGAAAUGAAGACAAUAAUGAAAAACUGGGGAAUGUGAUAAAGAGAUUAUUAAACAUAUUUGAUGAUAAAAAAUUUUUUUCACGGCUUGUUUAAACAAAGCUUUUUGUGAAAUAAUGAUCUGACUUCUUUCUGAUCUCUAUGAUGUACUGUGGUAUCAAAUGUUGGUUAUAUGGUGUCAUUGGUGGAAACCUCAACAAGAGUUGGGACAGAAAGUGCCUUUUUUAAAUAAUAUAUCUACCAUUGAUCUCAUAAGUAAAAUUCUUUAAAAUGUAGGUUGGCUAGGCAGUGAAAGAGUUGAAACGGAAAUGGAGUCUAGUGUUUUCUACCCACACCUAAUUCAGCUAUCAGAAGUAGGAAGAAUUAAUUUCUUCUCUCUGCCUGCAAGCACAAAGAGUAGUUUGAAUGUGAGGUAUUGGAACCUUCCUAUGGCAAAGGAAAAGAGGGCUCUUGCUGUGUAACAAGCUACCCCAAAACUCAGUGGUUUAAAACAAUCACCAUUGAUUUAGCUCCCAGCCCUGUGGGUUGGCUCAGCUUGGUUUGUUCAUUAGGCCUGGAGGAGCCCAGCUGGGCUUGCUGACCUGCGUGCAGUCUGCAAGCUGACUGGCUCGGGGAAGGCUGGCUGGACUGAACCCUGUCCACGCGGUCCCUCAUCCUCCCAGCAGGCUGCCCCGGCCUUCUUCUCAUGGU